AUGCAGGAAACAGUAGAGCACAAGACAAGCGUGGACGCGGAGAUCGAGGUUGCCCACAAUGAGGGCCACGAUCUUCCGACAAAGGGAUAUGAAGAUCCUCACAAAGCUGCCCUCGAAGACAAUCCUGAGCAUGCCGAGAGGCUCAGUCUCUCGGUCAUUCUUUCAGCUCUGUUCUUGGGCACUUCUUUCACGGGUCCGAUCAUCUUCGGCUUCAUCCUCGCAACACCCAUAUUGGUGCAAUUGAGUCAGAAGCUGGGUGGUGAAACUAUCGACUUCUGGAUACCUUCUGGCUGGGGCGCAGCUGCAGCUGUCGGCUUUUCCAUUGCAGGAAGACUGUCGGAUAUCUUUGGUCGUCGUUAUGUUAUUCUUGUUGGACAACUCCUCACAGUCAUCGGUGGUGCUGUUGCAUGCAGUGCUCAGACAAUGAAUCAACUCAUUGCCGGCGAAGUCAUCCUCGGAGGUUCCAUCGGAACAGUAUCGGUAGCCUAUGCUGGCCUUUCUGAAAUUCUGCCCAACAAAUACCGUGGCGUUGGCCUUGCCUGGACAGAACUCAACCUUGCGAGUUGGGCCAUCGCCGGGACGCUUCUAGCAAAUGCUCUUCUCUCCCACGCUAGCUGGCGGGUGAUGUAUUAUAUUGCGAUGGGAUACGGCGGCUUCUCGCUUGUCGGCACGUUCCUUGUGUAUUUCCCACCCAGCCAUCCGCGUCCUGAUGGCUUGACCAAGUGGCAAGAGUUCAAACAACUCGACUUCACCGGCACCGCCAUGUUUGUUUCUGGCCUCGCUGUCUUCCUGUACGGCUUGAACUCGGGUGGUAACACCUAUCCAUGGUCAGCUGCAGGAACCCUAGCUCCUUUGAUCCUCGGAGUGGUCGUGUUUCUGGGAUCUUUCGUAUACGACUUUACCGUGGCGAAAGAUCCUUUGUUCCCGUGGUACUUGUUCAAGAGUUUCCGGUCGUUCUCGUCACUGCUUAUGCUUGUCUUCGUGGCGGGCAUGGUGUUCUUUGCGGCCUCUGCGCUCAAUGCGCAAACAAUCCUCUACCUCUACACUGCCGAUCCUAUCAAGAUUGGUGUAUACUCCAUUCCUUCUGGUGCUGGUCAGCUUGUAGGAGGCGUCAUCAUUCCGGGACUUGUACACUAUAUCAAGCACGUCCAUAUCCAGCUCACCUUUUCUGUCUUUAUGCAGACUCUCUUUUUCGGACUGGCUGCGCUCAUCACUCCCCACAAUAUCAACUGGGUCAUGGCGGUGCAGUUUCUUGCCAUGCUUCCGUUCGGAUGGAUCACGCUUAACUGCUACACGACAGCAUCGCUCCAUGUGCCCCAGCGAGAUUUGGGAGUCGCCAUCGGGCUGAUUGGCACUUUUCGGUCUCUUGGGGGAUCAAUCGGCUCCGUCAUCUUUUCGUCCAUUUUCAAUCAGAUUUCGGAGAAGCAAGUCCCCCGUCGCAUUUCAGAGGUUGCUCUAGCGGCCAAUGUCUCAAGCACGACUCUACCAGACCUGAUUGAAGCGGUCUCACUGACACUGGUCGGUGUUCCUGGCCAGGCUGCCACCGUUCCCAGUGUGCCAGCAGCAGUCUUUUCCAAGUGUAUAGAGGCAGCCCGGCUCGGAUAUGCUUACGGAUUCCGUAUCACCUGGCUAUCAUCGAUCCCUUUCGGUGUCGUCGCCAUGUUAUGCGCGGUGGCUGUUGCUGAUCCUUCCAAGUAUUUCACCAACCAUGUUGAAGUUCACCUCGAAAAGGAGAUUGGUGGCCGAAAGGCCGGGGAGACGAAGGAGGUGGACGUGGAGCAUUAA